AUGUUUGUGUUUCCUGCAUUUGAUACAAAUUAUAAAACAAGAAAGAGAACAUUUAAAUGUUGCCAAAAUUGUCGAAUCAAACGAACAAAAUGUGAAAUAACUUCCACUGAUUAUGAAGCUUUGGGGUGUCUCAACUGUAGAAGACACAAGUUCAAAUGCUCCUUAAUAAAGAAGAAGGCCCAUCCAACUGACGAGCCUCAGACCCAACCUCAACAACAACCACUACAACAAGUGCCACAAUCCCAAUCACAACCACAAUUGCAAUACCAACAAAUAUCCCAAUCACCUGUAGAUGAUGGAAAUAACCGGAAAUACAUGACGCAAAUAACUCCACAAUACCUUCAUGAUACAUUUAACUUCAAUACUUCUACUCGACUGGACACCACGUUCCAAUAUUUGUUCCAUGGGCAUCCAAAGGUUAUUAUAUCCUCUCAAGAUAAAGACCAAACUAUUUACCAUGAAUCGGGUGUGUAUGUUAAAACAAAGAAGGAAGAUGAUAAGAAAUCAUACAAAAUCAAACAUUUUGGGUCUGAUACUGAGAAGCAUUUCAAUAUAAAGAGUGAAAAAGUGUACCAAUUCUUAUUAUCCAUCAAUGCAUUUACUUUAAGUAGUCCAGAUUACCCAAUUAGUAAAGAAGAUGAAGUCAGUUUAUUGAAGUUAUAUUUCUACAAAACGAACUCCAUAUUUCCUUUGGUUCAAGAAAACUUCUUUUGGAAAGAGUAUAAUGAAAACAAGGCACAAAACACAUUAAUUUACGGUAUGGUGUUGGCAAUUUCCCGUGAUAAACUUGCUGAACCAAUUUUAAAGCGAAUAUUCCUGCUUGGAUCAAUUGCACGUACUGGUCAUCCAAUCCUUGAGAUGAACCAAGAACAGUACAAUACUGAGCUCGUCAAGUUCAUGUCUGAUUUAGAAUUCAAAAUCCGUCAACUAAUGCUUAUCCUCGUACAAUUGGGAGAUGAAGAUAAGUUUAGUCGUAUUGCCGUGCAUUUGCUUCUCCUGUUACAUUUCGGUUAUGACAGAUUAGGUAACGAACAAAGUGCCCAUGAUUUAAUGGAUGCGAUUGGUAUCGGUACUGCUAUUGGGAUUCAUAUGAAACGCUUACCACAAAGGUCCGCGGAAUUCAUUGAAUAUUCAACCAAUCUUUGGUGGUGUUGUUAUGUUUUUGACAGAUUCAAUGGUUUGGUUAAUGCUCGACCAUGUUUUAUCAAGCUGGAGGAUUUCAAUGUUGAUUUGCCAUAUAGUAAUAUAACCUUGCUUAAAAUGGUGCAAAUUGCUCGCAAUUUGGAAAAUAUGUUUUUUGCAGUGUUUCAACCAUUUAAUAAUAACAAUAUCCCAACCAACAAUUCCAUGGCCAGAUAUUCCAAGUUUAACAUUGAUGAGUUCCAAAAGAUUGAAUUUGAAUUGUGCGAGCAGGAAAGAAGCAGCGGUCGACAAAUUUACUCCAUUGGCAAAACCAGCGAUAAGCACCAAGAUUAUAUUCUUGAUUCUACUCAUUUGCUUACUCGAGUAGUUAAUAAUGUUGUUAUUCUUGCUUCUCAAAAGGGGAAAUACGAUAAUCCAGAAAUUCCUAAUCAUAUCCCAGAGGCAAUUGCUCUUCGUGCUAGUCUGAAUAUGUUGUGGUAUUUAUCAAACAUGCCAGACGAGUAUUUAAUUCAAUUACCUAUGAUUCCAUGGUGUAUGUCACUUGGAAUGGCAGUUGCAUUAAAGAAAUAUGCAAGACAACAUGUUACAAAGUAUAAUUUCUCGGAAUAUGAUCAAUAUCAUGACGAAUAUGAAUUUGAAAGUUAUGUUUCGUAUUUGGAAAAGUUUUCGGCUACUUGGUAUGUGGUUGAUGAAAUAUGUCGAUUAACUCGAGAUUUCACUGAUAAAUUAGAAAAGAAGAUGUUGAGGAAAAAGAAGCGGGAUGCCGCCAGAGCAAAGGAAGAAGCCACCAUCAAAAAGGCUAAGAAGGAAGGAGAAAAUUCACAAUCACCACAAUCAACCAACAGACUUAGUGUGGUGCCAGAACAAGACCAACUUCAAACUAGUUCUACCGUUCCACCAAUUCCAAUAAUCCAUACAAAUUCUUCAAACGUUUCUGCAGGGGUAGAUUCAAAUAUUGGGGAAUCUCCAUUCAUGCACCCUGAUGCACCAUUUGAUCCAGCAUCUACCGGGUCAGUAGGGUCAAUUAGUUCCGAUACUUUGGAUCAAUAUGAUCAAUACUUUGAAUCUAUGCAAAUUGAUAUUUUUAAUAAUGAUUUCUUUAAAGAUGUUCCUAACGUGAUUAAUUUGUUGAAUUAG